UGUGUUAUCAGAAGUUUCAAAACAUUUAAACACUUUGUCGUAAUAUUCCCACGUUUGCUAAAGGAGUAAAAAUGAAGGAAAAUAUCAUUUUAUGUUUUUCCCUUUAUCUACUCUUUCCAACAGUUUGUUCAGCUGCCUCGAUUGAUGAACGCUUUCAGAACAUGGAACAUGUCAUUCAGACACUCUUAGCAGAAAACAAGGCGCUGAAAAAUCGUUUAGACAAUCUCGAGGAACUGCAGCAUCGAGUACUACUGUUGGAAGAAAACUGUGGAUUUUUCGACAAAUCGAUACGGACCGGAGAUACUCCAUCACACAUUCCAGACAUCCACGAAGAACCCGUGUUCUCAAACGAAGAACAGGCUGAUACAGCUAAUAACACGGAGGAACGCUCCAGCCCAGAUAGAGACAGCAUGGCUCGGAAAAUGUCUCCACAGCAUAGGAUAGUGACAUCGAGCGUAGCGUCGUCAUCCUGGCAUCUAUCAAAGCGUGCUGUUGAAAGCGAGGUGGCGUUUCAUGUGUAUCUAAGUGGCAACCGGGUUUACAGCAGUCAUGAAAUAUUCAAAUUCGACGUGGAGACAGUUGACGUUGGUGGAGGAUUUAAUACCGCAGACGGAAUUUUCGAUGCCCCAGCCACAGGUUUAUACGUAUUCAGCUGGACUGUUGCCGCACCGCAGGGAAGCUUUUUUUCGGCAGAAUUGAUCGUUAAUGGCGCGGUACAAGGAGUUGUUGAGUCUGAUUCGGAUUUAGGCGGGCCUGGCAAUGGCGUUCAUCCGGCAACGGGGGUUGUUUUAGCAAACGUAAACGCUGGCAACCACGUGUUUGUCCGUUUCCACCAGGGAACAAGUGGUCACGUAAAGAGUGAUUCGUAUAUGCGUACAUCAUUUAGCGGCUGGUUAUUGUUAUGAAUAUUUUUGCAAAAGCAAAAUGUUGCAUAAUAAAGUUGAUAGAGGA